UUGGGGCCUCCCCGGCUCCCGUAGGAGAGCGCCGGCCGUGGCAGCGCCACGUACCCCGCGGCGCCGGUAGAAAAAUCAGUUGGGCCUCGGGGCGGCGCCGGGCGGCCAUGGCCUUUACCUUGUAUUCGCUGCUGCAGGCGGCCCUGCUCUGCGUUAAUGCCAUCGCCGUGCUGCACGAGGAGCGCUUCCUCAAGAACAUUGGCUGGGGAGCAGACCAGGGAAUUGGUGGAUUUGGAGAGGAGCCAGGAAUUAAGUCUCAGCUAAUGAACCUUAUUCGAUCUGUAAGAACUGUGAUGAGAGUGCCAUUGAUAAUAAUAAACUCCAUUGCCAUUGUAUUACUUUUAUUAUUUGGGUGAAGAACAGUGGGGGAAAUGGAGACUCAGAAGAAGAGAUGCCAGCAGAAGUUAUUACUUCAGUCAUUAUUGGAAUAUACAUGUCUUAGCUGGUCAUCCUUGCACUUGACAAAAAUGUAAACCUGACAAUAAAACCAGAGUCCCUAUUUAUCUGAUUUUUUAAAAAAUGUUGCACUUAUAGUUUCAUUACAGAAAGAUUAAGUCAUCAGAGGCAGUAACUAUCCAGGAUUGGAAUACAUUUGAUUGCUAACUGUUAAUAAAAGUUCAUGCUAUGAUAAAGAUUGUUAAAAGGGUACAGGACUGUCACUUGUGUGUUUUUAGAGAUUUUUCCUCUCUCACUUCUCAGGGAUAAAUUUUUUUUCAAGGUUUUGAAGUUCCUUGUGACUUAGCUAUGAUGUGAGAGUGAUUAUCUUCCUACAUAAAAUUUAAAGGAUUUUUAAAAAGUAAUUACUACAUAUAAAAUGAUAAAUUGGUAAUUUGGGUAAUUUUACUUUGAACUCUUUAUUUUGUCUAUAUAUCGUUUUGGCCAUGACAAAUUCAAAUUUAUAGCAACUAUUGAGCAAUACUCUCUGACUUCAGGGAGAAUUCUAAUUUUGUAAGUCAGAUAGUCACAUGAUGGUUGUGUUUUUAAGUUCUUUUCAUGUGUUUGUUAUUUUAUUAGUUGGCCUGAAUGAUAUCAGACCACUAUCUACAUAUUUCCAUUGGUAGAAAAAUCUGUAGAAAAGUCUAUGCUUUUUUACAGUAAUGACUUAUUUUUUAAAAUCAGCCUAAAUAUUAGCCUGCAAGAGCAAUCCUAAACAGUCACAAUUAAACUAUGCUAUGUAGGAAGACUAUUGUGAAGCAUUUACCUCUCCCCCAAAUUAUCACGUUUCCGUUUUCUGGAGUAGCACAUUAAGGGGUAUAAUUCUUAAUUCUUCAUUCUGUCUGUCAAUAGAGAUUCAUGUUAGAUAAGUUUUUUGUUUUGUUUUUAUAUUCUUAGACCAUUCCAUAUUUGCUCAUUCCAUAAUACAGUUUUAUGCAGGAAGAUUAAAAUUAUGUAAAUGGUUUUCCUAGGAAAUUAUCAGUUAUUAUAGUUUAAAGGGAUAGAGUGGCAUCUUUGUUUAUAGGAGAACAUUUGUAAAUAAAGUUAAAUUUCCAAGUCAAGCACUUGUUUUUGUACCUUACCUGUCAGUGUUAACUGAAUUAAUCUCAUUUCAUGUGUGACACUGGUUAUAUACUUUCUUUGCUGUAAAAUCACUGAGCAUAGAUUUAAUGAAAGUAAACAUUAAACUUUUUUUUCUUCAGUGAGUUAACUGAAUUGCUGAUUACAUCAAGGAGACUCAUGAGCAACUUUUAUUCCAUGAUUUAGGUUACUUCUAAAACUUUGGAGCAGGUACUGAAUGCCUUUUGGCCAUGCCUGAGUUAGAGAUAGAUGAUCUUUGGGCCGCAGGCUUGCAGCUGAACCAAAAAGAUGUACCAGGGAUUCUUAGUUGAUUAUCUGGCUCAUAUGAGUAACAUAUUUGGCACUUAGAAGCAGUGUUCUUUUGGCCUUAACAAAAAUCCGAUGCAUGAGUCGAAGUUUAAGCCACUGAACAGAUUCAGUACAUGCAGUUAAUUGAGAGCACUCCCAUUUCUCCACAGACCAUACAGAAUUUUAAAAGGAAAGAAAAGAGAGACCUUGGCCUGAUGCCAUUUUCUUGUAAAACUUUACAGCACACCUUCAUGCUCAUUUAGUGGCAGGAUACUGUCCGAGUUCAGACUCCAGUGGAGAGCAGUCAUAGCAGGGCAGGAUCAGAAUAUUCUGUAGCAAAGUAGUUCUGAGGAAACUGAAGCACUGAAUAUCAAAAUAUUUCAUCUCUGGAGGCCACUUAACACAAUUCUAGCUUCAAUGUGCCUGUAGGAAGGUCGGCAAGCUUUCACAGGUUAGCCCUGAUUUCCCCAGAGCAGUUGAAAUUCAGUAAGUAUAGUAUCUUAGUUGACAGUAACUUCAGUGUCUGUUUGCCUGCCCACAUCCUCCCUUUAGCCAUUCUCAGUGUUAAUAAUUGGUGAUCAUUCUAGAUUCCAAAUAUCCAUGAUGUUUAUGGUCCUAAUGUAUGCUGACCCUGUGUCUAUGUGCCUCUGACCUAUCUCAUAAAGGAUCUUGGCUCACGUGUAGAUGUCAACCAAAUUCAUACCCUGAUCUUUAGUUAAGUACAGUGGUUUUCAAGUUUUGAUUGUUAAUGGUAGAACCAGAUUCCAAAAGGGAUAACACAGAACUGUAAUGUUCCACUAUCUGAAACAGAUGAGAGCAGUUCACUUAUUUCUAGUCGAAGUAGGGAUGGGGCCCAAAGGCCCACUGUUCAACCUCCACCCUGCUCUUGUCAUCAUUCCUAAGGUACUUCCACAAAACUCUUAAGUUUUUGGGCGCCUGGGUGGCUCAGUUGGUUAAGCGACUGCCUUCGGCUCAGGUCAUGAUCCUGGAGUCCCG